AUGUAUAAUGCGGCUUCAAUUGUGCAACCGGAGAAAAUCAGAUUUGCACAAAUCUUACGAGCUCAUCAUAAGACUACUCCCAUUCGUUCUAAGGUCAUUGACCUUCUGGAGCCCUUUAAAGCUUCACUCCUGGCAUACCUGAACGCUCGCAGGCGAGGCUCACUAGCGCCUCCGCGGAGAGCCUACAUCUACUAUCAUCAUAUUCUGAAGUCCAAGGCCUGCAAUGAGAAUCCGCUGGUUCUUGCUGAGGCAUCGGUGGUCAACGACCCGUGGCUGUACGGGACCGACAGACCUGAUGUAACCCGUCGUCUCUACCAGUGCUACAUGUACGCUGUCCUCGAUGAUGAUCAAGAAGCGAACCACUACUCCCUCCCCAUGGCGUUUGCGCCUAUCUUCGACGCCCAUACCGUCGAACUAGUAGAGAUCGAAAGGCUGCCACGAGGAGCGGGGGCAGAGCUCGAUCAGGAGACGGUUCCCUGGGACGCCGUGAAGCCAGUCGAGUACAGCGAGCGCCUCCUAGGCAAGCCCUAUUUCCGCCGAGAUCUGAAGCCGCGCCAUAUCACCUGGCAGAAAUUAUCGUUCCACCUGGGAUGGACAGUGCGCGAGGGACCCGUGCUCCACAACGUCUUCUACGACGGUCGGUCGCUCUUCCAUCGGGUCUUUAGGAGCGAGAUGACCGUCCCAUACGGAGACUCGCGGGCCCCGUACCGUCACAAGCAGGCAUUCGACCUGGGCGACAUGGGUUUCAGCCUGACCUCCAACACCCUGACCCUGGGCUGCGACUGUCUCAGCCACAUCGCCUAUUUCGACGGAAUCCGCGCGACGGGGACCGGCAAGCCCGUCGAGAUGAAGAACGUGAUCUGCAUGCACGAGGUGGACGAGGGGAUCGGCGGGAAGCACAUCAAUGUGCGCAACGGCCAGGCGUCGACGGUGCGCACCCGCACCCUCGUCCUCCAGUGCACGGCCACCGUGAUGAACUACGAGCACAUGUCCACCAUGCCCAUUGCGCGCCACACCUUUUCGCCCUGGGGCACCGCCGUGGCCUCCGGUGUCCUGGCCGUCAACCAUCAACAUCUGCUCAACCUCCGGAUUGAUCCCGCUCUCGACGGCACCGGCAACACGAUCGUCUACGACGACGUUCUCCCCGUCCGCGACGACUCCACCGUCGAAGACCCGCAAGGCUGUGCGUUCCGCCGGACCACCACAGCUAUCACGCAGCCCGGAGGCUACGAGCUCAAUCCCGCCGCCUCCCAAACGUGCCGCAUCAUCAACCCCAGCCGGACCAACGCCAUCAUUGGAGAACCAGUGGGGUACCGGCUGCACGCGUCCCCGUGCCAGGGGCUCAUCAUGGGGCCAGAGACCUUCAACUUCCGCCGGGACGAACUCCACGCGGUCGGGGAGUUCACCAACCAGAGCAUGAACGACACCGGGCUGGGGGGUAUGGAGUCAACGCCAGCAGUCCGUGGAGAACGGGAAUAUCGUGCUCUGGCACAUAUUUGGCACCACGCACAUCACUCGUCCGGAAGAUGUGUGUGCUGUCCUUGGUCUACCUUUAUUUUCGGAUCGCUAACUGUGGCCCCAGACUUUCCGGUCAUGCCAGUCGAGAAGAUGGUGGUCUCGCUCAAACCGACGAGCUUCUUCGAGUUGAUUCCAUCCAACGAUGUUCCGCGCUCGAGUCAGAGCCUGAGUCGGUCCACGGAGCACCACAAAGUGGCACCCGUGCCUUGUGAGAAGUGUGCUCUGUAG